UUCUCCUACUAUGGCAUGCGAGCUGUCCUGGUGCUGUACUUUAAGUACUUCCUGCGCUGGGACGAUGACUUGGCCACCUCCAUCUACCACACCUUUGUGGCCUUAUGCUACCUGACCCCUAUCCUUGGGGCCAUUGUAGCUGACUCGUGGCUCGGAAAGUAUAAGACAAUCAUCUAUCUGUCCAUUGUCUAUGCCAUUGGCCAGGUUGCAAUGGCUGUCAGUGCAAUCCAUGACAUCACAGACCACGACAGAGAUGGGUCACCAGACAACAUGACCUUUCAUGUUGUCUUGUCCAUGGUUGGUCUUUUCCUCAUCGCUCUGGGCACUGGAGGAAUCAAACCUUGCGUUGCUGCCUUUGGUGGAGACCAGUUUGGUGACCAUCAGGAAAGGCAAAGGAGAACUUUCUUCUCUGUAUUCUACCUCUGUAUCAAUGGUGGAAGUCUGCUGUCAACCAUUAUCACCCCCAUCCUCAGAGCUCAGGAAUGUGGCAUCUACACUCAGCAGAAGUGUUAUUCUCUGGCCUUCGGCGUCCCUUCAGCUCUGAUGGUGGUUGCACUUGUGGUGUUUAUCGUGGGGAGUGGUAUGUACUACAAAGCUGAACCUCAAGGAAAUAUCAUGCUUGAUGUGUGCAAAUGUAUUGGGUUUGCAAUCAAAAACCGAUUCAGGCACAGAAGCAAAACAUACCCUAAGAGGCAGCACUGGAUGGACUGGGCAGAGGAAAAAUAUGAAAAACUCCUCAUUGCUCAAAUCAAAAUGGUGCUGAAGGUCCUCUUUUUAUAUAUCCCACUUCCAAUGUUCUGGACACUGUUUGACCAAAAGGGAUCUAGAUGGACUCUGCAAGCCACCACCAUGGAUGGAAACUUUGGUGCGCUUGUUAUACAGCCUGAUCAGAUGCAGACUGUCAACCCAAUCCUGAUCCUGACUCUGGUGCCUAUCAUGGACAGCUUAAUCUACCCUCUGAUCAAGAAAUGUGGCCUGAACUUCACAUCUCUGAAAAGAAUGACAGUGGGGAUGCUGCUGGCAGCCAUCGCGUUUGUCUGUGCUGGUUUGGUUCAGAUUGAGAUUGAUAAAACGCUGCCCACCUUCCCAUCUGACUCCCAGAGUCAGCUGAAACUACUGAACAUGGGUACUGACGCAGUCACAGUUAAUCUGCCCUUCAAUGACCUUCAGCAACUUCCAGCAGCUAAGGCCAGUGAUGAAUUCUUCACAUUUGCUGAUGAAUCAAUCGAAGUUUCAAUAGGCAUCCCUCCAGUGAAAAAAACGAUUCCCUUGGAAAAGGGAAAGCGACAAACACUUCUCAUUCCCUUAAAUCUCAAUGAACAAUGGCAGCUGACUCAAGAUAUAACCUCCAAGCCGGAACAAGGGAGCAAUGCAAUCCGAUUCAUAAAUGGGAUGACGGCAACAGUGAAUGUAUCGUCUCCUUCAGCUAAAAUUGGAGUGAUAGAAUCAUAUUCUUAUUCCAACUACUCUCAGAUUACAAAUGGAAGGUCCAUAUUUACCAUAAUGGUCGGUUCAAAGUCAUGUCAAUACAGCAGGGACUUUGGAUUCGGAAGCUCAUAUACCUUCUUCAUCCCAAGCACACUGGUCUUUGGAGAGAGUUGCGACUCUAUUACUGUAGUAGAAGACAUCAAACCCAACUCGGUUCACAUGGCCCUGCAGAUCCCACAGUACUUCUUCAUCACUGCUGGUGAAGUGAUGUUUUCUGUCACAGGUCUGGAGUUCUCCUACUCACAGGCACCAAGUAACAUGAAAGCAGUGCUGCAAGCUGGUUGGUUGUUUACAGUUGCUAUCGGCAACUUCAUUGUACUGAUUGUUGCUGAGCUUGCAAAGAUUCCUGACCAGUGGGCAGAAUACAUCCUGUUUGCCUCUCUCUUGUUGGCAGUGUGUGUUAUCUUCUCCAUCAUGGCUUACUUCUACACUUACAUUGAUCCUACAGAAAUUGAAGCCCAGUUCAAGAAAGAGGAUGAUAAGGAUAAAAAGCAUGAUAAAAGCCAGAAAAAGACAGAGGUUGAGAUGGUAAAGAAAGACUCGUUCAAAAGUCAAGAUGGAGACAACAAAGCCGUACAAACAAAACUGUGAACAGUCUUAAAAUCAGAUCAGUAUCCAGAAUGCAUUUUUAAGGAAUGUUUAGCAUAGACAGGAGGUAGUUUUGCCACGUUGCAAAAUUGUGUCCAAGUCUGUCAAGACACUUUUACUCUAGAGACAAAUUAACUGGACAGGUGACAUGUCUCCAAAUUACAACAAAGCUAUCUUUUGGUUAUUGUUAAUGUCAGGGUUUGGUAAAGGUAGGUGUUCAGGAAGGGAAAGUUAGGUUCAAGUUUCAGAGGAAUGAGUGUAAAUCUAUGUGAUGUUCCCUACAGACAUCUUAAGAAGUGUGAAUGUGUGAAUGUGUGAAUGUGUGCCUGUGAGUGUGCGUGUGUCUGUGUAUUUUAAAUGUUUCAUAUUUUCAAGCACAAAUGUAUAUCAUUAGCCAGAUAAACAAGGUCCUCUUAUGUUGUUUUUAGUACAAUGGAUACAUUAAACAAUAUUAGCCGUGAUCUUGCAUCAUUAACGCA